UAGAGGUUAUAUUUUGACGUUUAUUUGUCAACAAAUAUCAAAUAGCAACAAUGAACGAAGAAAUAGAUGACAGUGAAUUUUACACGCAGGAUUUUACUACUGCGUCGGAAUGGGAGAUUUUUAUAGCACGCAUGGAGGAGAUUAUAAAUCAGUGGAAAACUGAUGAGGUGAUUAUUGAAGAAAAUAAAAGCAUAUGGAGUGUGAGGCAGGAGAACAUUAUUUUCGCGGAUUUUGAUUUCACUUUUUACUGGUAUAAAAAGAAGGAUGUUGAGGAGGUUUCUGAGAGCAGUGAUAGUGAUAGUAGGAGUAGAAAUCCUGUGAGUGGUAAUUUUGAUUUUGAGAUGUUUAGCGAGGCAGAUUUAACAAAUGAAUCAUGUAUAUCAACCUGGUAUGGUUUGGACGAGUUUAUGGUUUUAACACCCACAAGAAACGUUGGUAUUAACUCUGAGAGUCGCAUUAAGAUAUUAUUAAGCUCUGUUUAUAUAGUGUCAAGUAACGUAAACAAUGAUAUUCCAAUUUUUGUUCAGAUUAGGGAUAAGUGGCAAAAAUGCUUUAUGGGGGUUUUUGAGGGCAAUGGGGUAAGAACUAACUUUGAAAUGGUACAUUUAAGAAGAGGUCCACAACAUUGUCAAUAUUUAACAGGGUUACUAGACUUGUUUAAAACCAAAAUUAUGUCGCCAUGUUCAAUGGACCCUAUUAUGUGUUCAGUGCAGUUAACUUAUGUUUUGAGUGAUUUUGGAAACUUUAUUUGGAAGCAAGAUUCAAAUAAUUCAGAAAUUAUUGAUAUGGAAAAUGUACGUUUACCAUUUGGAGUAACUGUGGAACCCAUCAAAUCCAUUAUUUUAAAAUCUACAUGGAAACAAUUGCCGGAACAUUUAGUAGUUGAUAGUGAAAGUUACACUGACUUUGAUCCCCAUAGAGCCCCAAUAUGGUCAAUUUUAGCACAAAUGACUAAAGAGCCAUUAUGUUUACUCGGCGAUGGCUUAACUGAGGUUUACCAAUUACUAAGUAACCAUUCUAAUGUAUAUGAUUCACUGGGUGAUUAUGCUAACAAUACCACUACACCAGAAACUAAUAAUCCUCUAGAUUUAUUAACUGAACCUGCAGUUCCCACUAUAUCAACUUUAUUAAAUAAAGCUGCACGAUCUACUAUUAAUAAACAUCAUAAAGGUGUGCCUCCUAUAUCAGAGAACGUUUUGGUGCCUUUGCUGUAUUUUUUGUUCCCUGAUGCUGAUGAGAGUUCCACGUAUCCUUAUGGAAGAGAUUCUAAUAAUGAAAAGGAUUCUCCAACAAAAAAUAAGUUUAUAAAUUUGGAACAAGACUCAAAAAGCUUCAAAACUUGUCCACAAGAUUCCUUAAUAUGGAGAUUAUCAAUUGUUUUAACACAUGCUUUACAAUCAUUGGGAGGAGUUAAAGCUUUUGCCCAUAUCUGGUAUGAAUUUGUACAAGAAAUGCGUUAUAGGUGGGAAAAAAGUAUGCCUAUACCCGGAUUGCCUUCAGGCUUCCCGGACCUAAGAACCUGCCUCCUGAACCAAAAACUCCAAAUGCUGAACUGCUGCAUCGAAAGAAAAAUAGCCAGGGAAACUCACAGAGCCUCCCAACAUUUUGUCGAUGCAGAAAAUUCCUCAGAAGACGACGAUGAGUUUUACGAAUGCAGUGAAGAUGGCGACUCAAACAAAAAGUACUCGAUGUGGAACCAACCUGUGGGAAGACUUGGGAAGUUCAACGAACUGAAGUUGCUGAAAACUGGAGAUCCGUUGUAUAUUCCGGUCACGCAGGAGCCUGUGUUGAAGACCGAAGAUCAGUUGGAGGAGGAUACGGAGGUUUUGUUGAAUUUGGGAGACGAUAACGAAGCGUCGGAGGUUAGAGCGAGAAUUAUGUCGGCCUCUCUACUAUCAGACAUGGAGUCUUUUAAGGCUGCCAAUCCAGGUGCUAUAGUGGAGGACUUCAUUCGGUGGUAUUCACCGAAUGACUGGAUUAUAGAUGAAGAAAAUGAAGAUGGUGGUUAUUUAAGCCCCAGGAUGAAUAUACAAAACAAUAUAUGGGUGCAGAUGUGGGAGACGGCAAAACCAGUUCCGGCUCAUAGACAGAAGAGAUUGUUUGAUGAUACCAGAGAGGCAGAAAAGAUUUUACAGUUUUUGGACUACAGAAACUUAUCGCAAAUUUGCGAGUUGAUUGUGCCGGUGUUAGCCCAUGGCGCCCUCUACAGACUUGUAGAUGAAUACAACGGUAUUACGGUGAAUAUACUGCAGGCUACUGCAAGAGUUACCGCUAUGACGAAGCAAGUUGAGAGAAUUUCAAGAGAUGUUAAGUUUCAACCGCGCAGAUUUGAUGCUUUCAUACAGGAUGUGUCGAAUUUUGAACUAACUCUCUCUCAAAUCAACUCACUGGGAUACAAAUUCAACCCCUCAGGUUCAUUCGAUAAUGAAAUCAAUGAAAAAAUCGGCGACCUCGUGAUAGGCAAAGAAAUAGAACUAUUGGAAAAAAGUAACUCCAACAUCGGUUCGAGAGUCCUCUCAAUGUUCUCCGACGCUCAAAACACUGCCAACAUGAUUUCAGGCGAAACAAAUGAAAAAUUAAUCAACCCACUGCCCACUCCGUUUCAAAGGGAAUUUGUGAUGAGGGUUGCCGCUGUUAAGCCUGCUUCAUGCUCCGCUAGAUGUCCCCAGUUUCUGCGCGCGAUUUUGUCGAAGAAUGAAUUUAGGCUGUGUGGUGCUUUUUCAGAAGAUAUUGUGUUUUUUUAACCAGUUUUUGUAUUUAUAUGUUACACUACUAAUGAUAUAUUAUUAACGUAAUAAAAUAAUCAUUCC